UUCAGAUAUAUUCUCCUCAUCACGGGCUUUCUCGGCCUUGUAACUCCGUCGAUGAGCUCUAGCUCAGCUCAGAUCUGAAAGAGAUACAAAGCUUUAAAACGCGAAAUGAAGACCCGAUUGGUGACUCAGAAGCUUGGUUAUUGCGUUUUCCUCUGUUUCCUUGCUCUGAAUUUCUUCUCAGCGUUCGGAUCCCGGCUCACGAAGCUCACUACUGAGGAAGUGAAUGCGCUUAGACAUAUCGGGAAGCAAUUGGGGAAAACAAACUGGAAUUUCAGCGUAGAUCCUUGCAGUGGAGAAGGCAAUUGGGCAAGGCCAAACGCGGACAAGGGAUUUGAGAGCUAUGUCACGUGUAACUGCUCGUUCAACGACAAUGCCACGUGCCACGUCGUGGACAUUUCGUUAAAAUCUGAAAACCUUUCGGGAAUUCUCCCGCCAGGACUUUACCGGCUUCGCUUCCUCCAGCAACUCGAUCUCAGCCGCAACUUCCUCAACGGAACAAUACCUUCGGAAUGGGCUACCAUGCGCCACCUGGUCGGACUCUCUCUUAUGGGAAACCGUCUGAGUGGGCCAUUCCCCAAAACCCUCACAAAAAUCACCACCCUCACGAAUCUGAGCAUUGAAGGAAACCGCUUUUCAGGACCCGUUCCUUCGGAGCUCGGGAAUCUGAUCAACCUGCAGAAACUUGUUCUAUCAGCAAACGAACUGACUGGGGAAUUGCCAGCCACACUUUCUAAGCUGACAAAACUUGCUGAUUUGAGGAUAUGCAGUAACAAUUUCUCCGGCAAGAUACCUGAUUUCAUACAGAAAUGGACGCAGAUCAAAAAAUUGCACAUGCAAGGUUGUUCCUUCAAAGGGCCUAUUCCUUCAAGUAUUUCUGCAUUGACAAGCUUAGCUGAUCUGAGGAUUAGUGACAUAAGUGGAAGAGGGGAAUUCCCACCAUUGAAUAAGAUGGAAUCCUUGAAAAUAUUGAUAUUGAGGAAUUGUUCGAUUUAUGGACACAUUCCUGUAUAUAUUGGUGGGAUGGAGAAAUUGAAGAACCUAGACCUCAGCUUUAACAGCCUGACUGGCGAUAUUCCAAGCUCCUUUGAAAACCUUAAAAGAGUGGAUUUCAUGUAUUUAACUGGGAAUAUGUUGACUGGGCCUAUACCUGGAUGGAUCUUGCAAAGAAACAAGAACUUGGAUAUUUCUUACAACAAUUUCACGUGGGAGAGCUCUAGUCCAAAUGAGUGUCCUCAAGGGAGCAUUAACCUUGUGGAGGGCUUCUCUUCAACAACGGACAAACUUAGUAGAGUUCAUUCAUGUCUAAAGAAGAAAUUCCCCUGUGCUGCUCCAAAUAAACAACAUCAUUAUUCCUUGCAUAUAAAUUGUGGAGGUAAAGAAGCAACUAUCAAUGGCAGCACCAAGUACGAAGCAGAUGUGGAAGCGAGAGGUGCUUCAAUGCUGUACUCAAAUCAAAACUGGGCAUUUAGCAGCACUGGGAACUUCAUGGACAAUGAUGUUGAUGCAGACAACUAUAUUGCAACCAACAGAUCUAAGCUCUCCAUGCCUGACUCAGAACUGUACACAACAGCACGCCUUUCCCCCCUCUCUCUCACUUAUUAUGGGCUUUGUCUGAUAAACGGGAAUUACACUGUGAAACUCCACUUUGCAGAAAUAAUUUUCACUGAUGACAAUACUUUUACCAGCCUUGGGAGGCGUAUAUUCAAUGUCUUUAUUCAGGGAAAACUAGUACUGAAGGAUUUCAAUAUUGAAGAUGCUGCUGGAGGGCCUGGCAAGGCAGUUGUAAAAACAUUUUGGGCAGAUGUGACCAGUCACACUUUGGAGAUUCAUUUAUAUUGGGCUGGGAAAGGGACAACAAGCAUCCCAAGCAGAGGAGUUUAUGGUCCCCUGAUAUCGGCUAUUUCAGUGGAUCCUAACUUCAAGCCUCCUUCAUUUGAUGAGAAGAAGAAGUAUGUCAGGCUUUUGGUUGAAGUGUUAGCUCCAGCAUUAUUCCUCCUCCUUUUGGCUUUUGCCAUCCUUUGGUGGAAAGGUUGUUUGGGAGGUAAACCCUCCAAGUACGAAGAUCUUAAAGGUCUAGAUCUCCAAACAGGAUCCUUCACCUUGGCACAGAUUAAAGCCGCAACAAGGAACUUUGAUGCUGAAAACAAGGUUGGAGAAGGGGGUUUUGGCUCAGUUUACAAGGGACUACUGUCAGAUGGAACUGUAAUUGCGGUCAAGCAGCUUUCAUCAAAAUCUAAGCAAGGAAAUCGAGAAUUUGUGAACGAAAUCGGCAUGAUUUCUGGGUUGCAACAUCCAAAUCUUGUGAAGCUUCAUGGAUGUUGUAUCGAAGGCCACCAAUUACUGCUGAUUUAUGAGUACAUGGAAAACAAUUGCCUUGCCCGUGCUCUAUUUGGUCGGGAUGCGCAGCAUCAACUCAAAUUGGACUGGCCAACCAGACGCAAGAUUUGCCUUGGCAUUGCUAAAGGUCUAACUUAUCUGCAUGAAGAGUCAAGACUGAAGAUUGUCCACAGAGACAUCAAGGCAAGCAAUGUUCUGCUUGAUAAGGAUCUCAAUGCCAAGAUAUCUGACUUUGGCUUGGCUAAGCUUGACGAAGAGGAUAAAACGCACAUCAGUACUCGAGUAGCUGGAACUAUUGGUUACAUGGCUCCUGAGUAUGCAAUGCGGGGAUACUUGACCUACAAAGCAGAUGUUUACAGCUUUGGUGUUGUUGCUUUGGAAAUUGUUAGUGGAAAGAGCAACACGAAUUAUAGGCCAAAAGAGGAAUUUGUCUAUCUUCUGGACUGGGCCUAUGUUCUUCAAGAGAGAGGAAAUCUAUUGGAGUUGGUUGAUCCAAACUUGGGGUCGGAUUUCUCUGCAGAAGAGGCUACAGCAAUGCUGAAUGUGGCUCUACUGUGCACCAAUGCAUCCCCGACGCUUAGGCCAACCAUGUCUACAGUUGUGAGCAUGCUCGAAGGCCGAACCAUCGUUCAGACCCCAAUUUCAGAUCCUGGGCUUUUGAGUACAGGGUCAAUGUUCAAGUCCAGCAGAACCAACUUUUGGCAAUGUCCAAGCCAAUUGUCAAAUGACGAUCUGUGUACUGAUUCCUCUGAAACAGUCCAAGGCCAGGAAGAGAGCGAAAAUCUUUUGAGAAAUGGUUCAAUUGGGUCCAUUCGGUCAUUACCCUUUUGACUUGUACAUUUGUAUAACGCGUUGUCAUCAGUUGCUAUAAGCCAUCUUCUCUCUAAAUUUGAGUACUGUAAUGCAUUUCCAACAAAUGUAUUGCUACAUUAUAAUAUUUAAGGAAGUUUUCAGAAAUCUAA